CAACAUUUGAACACGCUCUAUAGGUUGUGAAGUGAUAUCAUUUACUUCCGACGCGUUGAUAUAUUUUUGCUCACUUAGUUUGAAUACUGUCUAGUAAUAGAAUAUGGAGCGUGCACUUAAUGAAAAAUAAUGUUUGUACUUUCUGUGAACAACUAAAUGAGAUAGGAAUGUAUUAUAAGCCUGGUUGUUGGACCUGAAUUUAUGAAUCAGCUGCUAGUGAUGUUUGAGUGUUCUUGUGUUUAUUAACGUCUCCGUUUUCCGAUUACAUUCGAUUAUUUGCUCAAAAUGUGAAUUUAAACAGAACUUUUACAUCUCUGUAUUGGAAGAGUUGUGUAACUGGCCGAAAUGGUCCACAUCCCCAGCACAUACACCUAUGAUUUUUGGCUUGUAAAUACCACAGAUCCUGUUGUUGAGCUCAGUUGUCUCAUGCCAAAUGGAGUCUUUAUUCCACUCGAAGUUAACCGCAAUGCCACAUUACAGGAAAUCAAGGAGGACUUGUGGGAGGAGGCCAGCAAAUAUCCUCUCCAUGGCACCCUCAGAGAUUUCUCCUCAUAUGUUUUUGCCUGUAUUAAUUCUAUGGCAGAAAAUGAGGAGUUGGAAGACGAGAACAAAAGAUUGUGUGAUGUUCGACCAUUCUGCUCUGUUUUACGGCUCAUUGAACGAAAAGGGAAUAAAGCAGAGAAAUCUCUCAACAUCCAGAUCAGUCACUUGAUUGGGAAAGGUCUUCAUGAGUUUGACACUCUAAAAAAUUCUGAGGUAAAUGAUUUCCGAUGGAAAAUGAAAGUUUUGGCAGAUGAAAUUGCGCAGAGUCGCCAAAAUAAAACAUGGAUUGAGAAAGUUCAAUAUCAGUAUCCACCACGGUUAGCACCAACUUCUCAAUUGUCUCACAGUAUAAGUAGUCGGUUGAGAGAUGGAAAUUUUGUGUUGAUCACAAAGUUUGAAAACACAGAGACUACAUUCAAGUUCAACAUUUCUUGUACAAUGACACCACAUCGCCUUUUACUGGCAAUCCUCAAUAAAUUAGCAAUUGCUUUAAACCUUCGUGGUGAACAUCCCUCUGAUUAUGUUUUAAAAGUAUGUGGUCAAGAAGAAUAUUUAGUUGGCGACUACCCUUUAGUGCAGUUUUUGUACAUUCAAGAAGCUUUGGCAACAGAUGAAAUUCCAACACUUGUUACUGUUUCUGUGAAUAGUGUUCUAGUGGAUGUUGAUAAUGUUUAUGAGAAUCCUGAAGAUUUGGAAAUGAGAACUAAUCGACCACCUUCGUUUUCCACUCUGACUUUGAGAAAAAAAGGAAAACACAUUUCAUCGUGGGAUAUUCAAGAGAAUUUCAAAUUUGAAAUCUGUGCUAUCAGCAAGUUAAACUGUGAUAUAACUAGGCCUGUUGAGGUUGGUUUGCAAGCUGGUCUUUUCCAUGGAGGUAAAUCCUUGACAGAGCCACAAAAAACGUCUGAGAAACAAGUCAGUAAAGAAGGGGAAUGUGAGUGGGAAGAAGAACUGAACUUUGAUCUUCAAGUGCAAAAUAUUCCUCGCAUGGCACGAUUAUGUCUUGUUGUGUAUGAAAUCUCAAAAACAGCCAAAGGUGUGAAGGCUCGAAGACUGAAAGACACAAAGCAGGAAUUGUAUAUUAAUCCCUUAGCUUGGGUAAACACUACCGUGUACGACUUCAAGAGCCAAUUGAAGUCUGGUGCUAUGACCCUCUACAUGUGGACGUAUGCUGAGGACAUGCAAAGCGAUGAUAUUCUGCAUCCCCUAGGAACAGUGGUAUCGAAUCCUAAUGUAGAACAUGCAACUGCUCUCACUAUUAACUUUCCUAAGUAUCAUGCAGAGAAACUAGUGCUUUAUCCAUCAUCGGAUAAAGUGCUACAGUUUGCUGCCCAAAAUAGUGAGGAUUCAUCAGAGAGUGCUCCAUUGCCUCUUGAAGCUACCAAAAAUUGCCUUGAACAGCUGCGUCUCAUGGAAGAGAAGGAUCCUCUUCAUGAGAUGCAUGAACAAGAGCGCAAAGUAAUUUGGCAGUUGCGAUAUGAUUGUCUUGAGCAUGUGCCCAACCUUUUGCCGAAACUUCUUGAUUGUGUUGAAUGGAAUGACCACAGAGAGGUGAGUUUUAUACUGUUGUUGAAAAAUAAAAUUGUUUGUUGGUCUUAAUCGAGAUUUCAUAAGUUAAGAUUUUGCACAGAUGAAUGAAGAAUGUUAAGUAUUGACAUUCUUUUGAGAGGAACUUUUUCUCUACACAUAAGAUAGAUAAUGAAGGCUCUUCACAAACAAUUUAUCAUUAAGUUCCAAAGUUGCAAUUAAGCUAUUGUAGUUAAUAAUUUAUUUCUUAAUAACCAGACAUUUAUUUCUUUACUCUCGUCAGAUCUGAAAUGCAAGUGGCUUCAGUGUCUGUUCGUUUUGGGCUCAUAUUGGAGGCUUAUUGUCGUGGUAGUCAAGAACAUAUGAAAAUACUUGCUCGACAAAUGGAAUGCCUUGAUAAGCUGAAAAGUACUAGUGAACAAGUGCGGCAGCGUAAAGAUAAGGAGAAAGCAAGAGCUUUUAUGCAGGAGCAGCUUGAACAGAAGCACAUAGCUGAAUCGGUUUCAAGAGUGUUGAAUCCUCUGAAUCCCAGCUAUCGAUGCAAACGAGUCAAAAUUGAUAAAUGUCGGGUAAUGGAUAGUAAAAUGAAACCUCUGUGGAUUGUAUUUGAAAAUGACGAUCCUUAUGGUGAUGAUAUAUACAUAAUUUUCAAAAAUGGUGAUGAUUUGAGGCAAGACAUGCUUACUCUCCAGAUGUUGAAAAUUAUGGACAAACUUUGGAAAAAUGAAGGAUUGGAUUUAAGGAUGAAUCCAUAUGGCUGCAUAUCGACUGAUCAUCGUGUUGGCUUAAUUGAAGUUGUUUUAAAUGCAGAAACCAUUGCUAACAUCCAGAAAGAAAAAGGAAUGUUCUCUGCCACGGCAGCAUUUAGAAAAGGGUCAUUGCUGGCUUGGCUUCGGGAUAACAAUCAAUCAGAAGUUCAGUUGAAUAAAGCAAUUGAAGAAUUCACGUUAUCCUGUGCUGGUUAUUGCGUUGCUACAUAUGUUCUUGGAGUAGCAGAUCGCCAUUCAGAUAACAUCAUGGUUAAGAAGACAGGCCAGUUAUUUCAUAUUGAUUUUGGUCAUAUUCUGGGUCAUUUUAAAGAAAAAUUUGGUUUUCGAAGAGAGCGAGUGCCUUUUGUCCUCACACAUGAUUUUGUUCAUGUUAUUAAUAAAGGACAGACAAAAAAAGAGGCAUUGGAAUUCCAGAUCUUCCAGAAGCAUUGUGAGCAGGCAUUUCUGAUUUUGAGACGCCAUGGCUGCCUUAUUUUAUCAUUAUUUGCUAUGAUGAUCUCAACAGGUUUGCCUGAAUUGAGUUCUGAAAAGGAUCUCAAUUAUCUCCGUGAUACAUUGGUCUUGGAAUUAUCUGAAUCUGAAGCUCUGUCACAUUUUCGGGCAAAGUUUGAUGAAGCGUUGUGUAAUUCCUGGAAAACGUCUUUGAACUGGGCCUCACACAACAUGUCAAAAAACAAUAAGCAAUAAAUAACUAUGGCACAUUGCUUCAUUUUUGGAGUUUGCCUAUAGUAAUUUACCUUGCAAAAAGAAACAAUUGACCAAGCUCACCGUAAGAAGAGGACGAAAAUUUGAAAAUUUAUUGUCGUGUUUCCUUAUUUGUCAUUAAUGCAUCAUAAGUGGCAAGAAAAUACAGGGUAAGGAGGUGCAAACUAGUGAUAAUAGUGAUUUGCAAGGUAACGUGAUCUUCAAAAAUACAUUUUCCAAAUGGGAAAGACCUAGAUCAGUGGAGAAGAAAUGUGAAAAGCUUUGGGUGGUUUUGAGACUUGAAGGCAAGACAUUAAGGUGGAAUCUUCAAAAUACUGUUAUAUUUUUGUAAUAGCAGUAUUUUGAUUAUGACAUUUCAUAAAACUUUGUUUUUCAGUUCAAUGUCUUCAUCUUUUAUUUUGCAAUCAUUUCCAUUUUUUGUGUGUAACACACAUACUCUGUACCUUUUUGAAAUGUAUGAAUGGUAUCUGUUCUCAAGACCAAAUUCAUAACAGCCUUUGAAGUGUAACAUAUUUUGAACAUUUCCCACAUAUACAGGGAAGAAGUGUUUGAAUGGUAUGAAAGUUGAAUAUGUCAGUUUAUGUUUUGUUGUUUCUUCAUAUUAAUUAUUGAUGAAAUGCAGAUUAAAUUUAACUUAAUGAUAGUAUAUUAAAUUAAAAUGCACUGAGUUUGUUUUUUAAUUGUACAAGCUCAGUACAAUUUUAUGUUAAAAUGUGAUAAAAACUUAGUAUUCUAUAUUUGUGUACCUAAUUUUAAAUAUAUUUUAAUUUAAUUAGAUACAAAACAAGCAUAAGUAUGUAUGUGUGUGUGUAUGUAUGUAUGUAUGUGUGUGCUCAAUUGUCACAAAAAUAAUGAGUUAUAUUUACAUUAUUGGAAUUUCCAU